AUGCAAACGUUAAUAGAGUCCUUGCAACUCCGUGAUGUCACAGAUGAUGUUAAGAAGAUUGUGAAAUGUGUGAAGGAUCUGACCGUCAAUGGAAGACGAGGAAACGACUAUACCCAUAUCUACUUUGUGGAUAUAUUCAGAGGGGCUAAAACGGACAAAAUUUCUGAUGCUGGACAUGACAGGAUACCCCUUCAUGGUCGUGGUAAAAAUUACAGCAGGGCUGAUGCUGAGAGACUGCUGAGAAAAUUGGUUAUCGACGCAAUUUUAAAUGAGGAUCUAAAAAUUACUGCGGCAGACACCAAAGCUUGUUAUAUCAGACUCGGGCCUAAAGCCAACGACGUGAUGAUAGGAAAACGCAAGGUAGAUUUACAGGUACAGGGCAGUAGGAAAAGAACUGAAGCGGCUAAGAUCGGUAAAGAACCUGUCAGUAAACGGGAGAACAUGAUCAAAGAAUGUCUCAAUGAACUGCUAGAAAUGGCAAAGACAAUCGCUGCUGAGCAUGGCCUACGUAACUACGCAACUGUAUUCCCUAUUCUAACCCUGCGACAGUUAGCAGAAAAGACUCCACUCACUGUAGAUGAGAUGACGGCAAGUAUCGAUGGUUUGCCAAAAGCCAAAGUCAACAAAUAUGGAGCUGAGAGAUUCCUUGAAAUCACCAAGAAUUAUAAUCUAAUCCUCUUGAAUUUACAACAAGAGGAGGAGGAAGUUGAAUCAGAUGUUCCGGAGUGGGAGUCUCCCUACUUUGUAGACGAGUCAGCUGGGUCAUCUAACACCGGCAGAAAGAGGGGGGCCUACAAAAAGAGAGGUUUUGGAAGAAAGAAGAGAGGCGCUAGAAGCCAGUCAGGUUCUGGGAAUUCUGGGGGAUUUUCUGAAAAAGGGAGCAAAUUUUCAGCAUACAAGUUCUCCAGAGGGUCAUCCAAGAAGGUCCCAAGUGCUGGAAAAAACCAGAGAGGUGGAUCAAGCAGUUCUAGAGGUGGCUCCAACAGUUCCAGGGGUGGCUCCAACAGUUCAAGGGGUGGCUUAGGAUUUAUGCCAGUCCCACAACCUAAGCGAUCAUUUCUGGGUGGUGGGACUGGUACUUACUUUUAAAUUUGAAUGAAAUAAACAUUUAUUUAUGAAAGCGGAUUUGAAUUAAAUUGUAAAUAAAGCCAUUUCUUAAUCAUUA